CUCCCAGGACUUUCCCAGGACCCUAGGAGAAGAGCUGCUGGAAAGCAGAGAAGGUUCUGGAAGUGAAAGGACUCUGCUUCAGAAGUUGGAGCUCGGGUUGGAGCGAUAGCACGGUCAAGAGGGCACUUGCCUUGCAUGCAGCCGACCGGGGUUCGAUCCCCAUCAUCCCAUGCAGUUCCCAAGCACCACAAAGGAGUAAUUCCUGAGUGCAGAACCAGGAGAGAGAGCCCCCAGGCAUUGCCCAGUGUGGCCCCCAAACAAAAGAAGCUUGAAAAUAAGCCUGCAGGAGAAAUCAGAAAUAGGAGAGCCCGGAGCACAGUUGAUCCCUCUGGGGAUGGAGGAUGCCUCGGGGCCCAGACCCGGCCUUCAGCUCCUGGUGGCCCCCAAGCACAGAGCCUGGAAUGAGGCGGCUCCUGGCACAAACAGAAAAAAAGAGAGAGAUCUCUGCGUAGUUGAUAGGAGGCGUUAGUAGGGUGCUUUGCUUGUUCAUUAAGUAUCUGUCGCCGUCUAGGAAACAAACGCACUUAUGGAAGCCUCGAUGACCGUGGUUUGGAUGGACCUGCCCCUUCUAGCGGGCGCUCUUACUUUGAGAAGGAACUUCUCUUCCGCCCUGACCUGCAGUUUUCGAGUCCGCGUAGACCUAGAAGCACCUUCUCCCAAGCUGGGGCCCAAGCUUGGAUACCCCUAGGCCCCCCACGCCCCCCAGGGGACCUGCAGGCGGUUGUGCAGCCUCCGGCCAGCAGGGGGUGGAGCGCGGGACCCUGCAGGCUGCUGUGCAGCCUCCGGCCGGCAGGGGACGCAGUGCAGGCCCCGCCCGGCGCGCAACGUCACUUCCUGGGCGGGUUCUGUUGGGAGUUGGCGGCGGCCACGUGCGCGCGCGGUGGGCAGUGCGUCCAGCGCGUCCAACGCUCGACGGGGCCGGGCCAUGGCGGCGCCGCUGAAGCUGGAGCGGGACGUGCAGGGGAAGGUGGACUCGUUCCGGGCCCGCAUCGCGCGGGAGGCCGAGGACCUGGUGUCCACCUUCUUCCCGCAGAAGCUGUCCGAGCUGGACAGCCGUGUGCAGGAGCUGCGCCUGCAGGACCUGGGCCGCAUCCGCUCGGUGCCCGCGGCCCCCGCGGCCCCUGCGGGCCCCGGCCCCACCCCGGACACAGCGGGGGACGGGCCGCGCCGCGGGGAGCCGCUGGGCCCCGCGCUGCUGCCCGCCGAGGCCGCGCUGCUGGCCAGCAACCAGCACCUGGUGGCCCUCAUCGAGCGCGUCAAGCCCGAGAUCGAGCUGCUGCGUGAGAAGUGCAACACGGUGCGCAUGUGGGUGCAGCUGCUGAUCCCGCGCGUGGAGGACGGCAACAACUUCGGCGUGUCCAUCCAGGAGGACACGGUGGACCAGCUGUGGACGGUGGAGAGCACGGCCGCGUCCUACCUGCGCCGCUUCUCCACCUACUACAACACGCGUGCCAAGCUGGUGUCCAAGAUGGUCAAGUACCCGCAGGUGGAGGACUACCGGCGCACGGUGGCUGAGGUGGACGAGAACGAGUACCUGAGCGUGCGCCAGAUCCUGCUGCACCUGCGCAACCAGUACGCCACGCUGCACGACGUCAUCGUGAAGAACAUCGACAAGAUCAAGACCCCGCGCAGCACGCACGCCGACGAGCUGUACUGA